UCACUGCAAGAAAAAAUAAGAUUUCCAAAAAUCACAACUUAUUUAUAUACAUAUAGUGAUGUAUAAAUGAGUUUUUAAUCCAGAAAAGGAACGCUGUCGGUCUCUUUAAGCGAGGCGAGAGAUUUAUUCUUUCGAACAGGUUCAAUCCAACAAUCUGCAAUUGUCUGAAAGCGUUUCUAACGAAUUCUGUGGAAAUGGAUAAACCUAAAAUUUUAAUUACACGACCGGACAUACCUGCUGCGGGUUUAUCUUUGCUGCACGAACGACAAUAUCAGAUAAUGUCAUGGGACAAACCUGAACCAAUACCACGAUCAGAAUUAUUAUCUAGAAUCUGUGGAAUGAAUGCUCUGUAUUGUUUGCUAACAGACAAGAUAGAUGAUGAGGUACUGAAAGCUGCAGGCCCACAAUUGAAAGUUGUGGCAUCUAUGUCAGUAGGAGUGGAUCACCUGGAUUUAGAUGCUUUAAAAAACAGAGGCAUUAAAGUCGGUUACACCCCUGAUGUUCUUACUGAAGCGACUGCAGAACUGAUAGUAGGUCUUCUGUUAGCCACAUCAAGGAAUUUACUGCAAGCGAAUAGAGCAAUUUACAAGAACGAAUGGAAAGCCUGGUCGCCGACAUGGAUGUGUGGCACAGGCUUGUCAGGGAAAACUGUAGGAAUUGUCGGUUUUGGUAGAAUCGGAAUCAGGGUAGCAGAGCUGCUUAAAAACUUCAACAUUGCUAAAAUGUUAUAUACAAGUAGAACAGUCAAACCAGAAGCGUCCAAACUCGGCGGUGAAAAGGUUGAAUUUGACACAUUACUCAAGAACAGUGACUUUGUCGUCGUGACUAUAGCUCUGACAUCAGAAACGAAGCAUUUAUUCAAUGCUGAGGCCUUUAAACAAAUGAAAAAAACGGCUAUAUUUGUGAACGGUAGUCGCGGAGACAUAGUGGAUCAAGAAGCGUUGAUAAGCGCCUUAAAGAAUCGUACAAUUGCAGCAGCUGGUUUAGAUGUUGUAACACCAGAACCGAUACCAUUAGAUAGUGAAUUAUUAAAACUAGACAAUUGUGUGGUUCUACCUCAUAUAGGAAGUGCUACCAUAGAGACUAGAAAUGAAAUGGCUAGAAUUACAGCAAAAAAUAUUAUAGCUGUCCUAGAGGGAAUACCUGAAAAUAUGCCUGCACAAAUUAAUUUAUAACUAUUAUAUUACUGAUAAAUGACUGAAAUAUAUAAUCUUGAUUUUCAAUAAUCAUAUUGUGAUAUAAAUAAGUUUUAGUCAGUAAAAAAUCAAUGAUAAACUUAUGAUUUAUAUAUUUAAGA